AUGCCUCCCAAGAAGAACGUCGUAGAGGAGAAGGUGCUCCUCGGCCGGCCGGGCAACAGUUUGAAGAGCGGCAUCGUUGGGCUUGCGAACGUCGGUAAAUCGACGCUGUUCCAGGCUAUCACGAAGUGCCAUCUUGGUAACCCUGCCAACUUUCCGUAUGCCACAAUCGACCCCGAAGAGGCGCGUGUCAUCGUCCCCGACGAGCGCUUCGACUGGCUUGUCGAGCAAUACAAGCCCAAGUCGGUCGUGCCUGCCAACUUGACCGUGUACGACAUCGCUGGUCUGACCAAGGGCGCUUCGACUGGUGCCGGUCUUGGAAACGCCUUCUUGUCGCACAUCCGCGCCGUCGAUGCCAUUUUCCAGGUUGUGCGGUGUUUCGACGAUGCCGAGAUUAUUCACGUCGAGGGUGAUGUCGACCCUAUCCGUGACUUGGACAUCAUCAGCGAGGAAUUGCGCCUCAAGGACAUCGAGUUCACCGAGAAGUCGCUUGAGAAGCUCGUCAAGGAGACACGGAGAGGCGGUCAGAGCUUGGAGAUGAAGAAGCUCAAGGAGGAGCAGGCCACCGUAGAGGAGGUCCUGCAGAUGCUGAAGGACGGUAAGGAUGUCCGCCGGAAGAACUGGAGCCCCAAGCAGGUCGAACACAUCAACCCACUCUUCCUUCUCUCCGCGAAGCCUGUCGUCUACCUCGUCAACCUCAGCGAGAAGGACUACAUUCGCCAGAAGAACAAGCAUCUUCCCAAGAUUGCUCAAUGGGUGAAGGAGAACACCGAGGGCGACCCAGUCAUCCCCGUUUCCGUCUCGCUAGAAGAGCGCCUCGGUGCCAUGACUGAGGAAGAGGCCGCCAAGGAGUGCGAGUCCCUCGGAACCCGGUCGGCACUUCCCAAGAUCGUCACUACUAUGCGCAAGGCCCUCAACCUCGGCAGCUUCUUCACAACUGGUACGGAUGAGGUCCGGCAAUGGACGUUACGGAAUGGCACAAAGGCACCGCAGGCAGCUGGUGUCAUCCACGGUGACUUCGAGAAGACGUUCAUCCAGGCAGUCGUGUACAACUACAAGGUAUUGAGAGAGGAGGGUGAUGAAGCAUCGGUCAAGGCCAAGGGAAAGAUCAUGACCAAGGGCAAGGACUACGUUGUUGAGGAUGGCGAUAUCCUGCUCAUCAAGGCCGGUGCUGCCAAGGGUUAG